GUGGAUACCCUAGGGUGAAACUCACCCAGCUUUAGUAUCCAACCCAAUUGUAUAGACUUUAGACAACCAUGUAAAGGGGAUUCCACUCUCAGCAAAGAGGCCAAACCUCUGUCACUAUGGUGGACGUGCAGUGUCUAAGUGACUAUGAGCUGCAGAAACAGCUUGAGAAGCUCGGAUUCUCACCUGGCCCAAUACUACCUUCCACCAGAAAAGUGUAUGAAAAAAAGUUAGUGCAAUUGUUGGUCUCGCCUCCCUGUGCACCACCCGUGAUGAAUGGACCCAGAGAGCCGGAUGGACCGCAGGGCAGUGAUGAUGAGCUUAAUAUCAUUUUGAAAGGAAAUAUCACAUUCUCAACCAAAAAAAGCAAGGAACCCAAAAAAAACCCAGUUUUUGAAAUACGAAAGCAGCAAGAAGAAACAGUGAAACCGAACUGUGAUUAUAACAAUUCCAGGAUGAUAGCAAAGGCUGCCCCUUUCCUCGUCCUUUGGCUUUUCCGGGGGCUUUUUUCGGACUCCACCUAUUGGCGUUUGCAGGUUAUCCACCUCUCCGGCACCCAGUCCAGGACACGUGAGAGACCUGAGGCUCCCAUCAUUAAACCAAAAGCUGUAGAUGUCUACCACCCAGCCUAUAAACCUUCCAGAAGGAUCAGGUGUGCGGCCAGAGCUCCAAACAUCAGGAUCAAAGGUCGAACUGUCCCCAGAGAGACAGCCGGCUGCCAGGCAGACUGGAGCAUGGAGAGCGCCGCAGGAGGGUUCCCGGCGGGCUUGAAGCUCGCUGUGCUCGGCAUUGUCCUCAUCGUGGUCUUUGUCUACAUAACGGUGGAAAAGAAGCCGCUCUUCGGCUAGGUACCUGAGGGG